UCGGGAACUACAACUCCCGGCAGGCCGGCGGCAGGCAGGGAGGCCCCACGACGUGGAGGCCGCGCGGAGGUCAGCAAGGAGCCGAGCCUGGCAGCCACGCGUCAUUAUAAAUAAUUAAGAAGAAUACUAAAAUAGAAUGAGAAACAAUGGAAUGAGCUAAACAAACGCAGCGCCCCGCUACUCUCAGCCUAUCCCCUCCCUCCCUCCCCCCGCGGGAUGGUACAUUCCGCGCGGGGGGCGGGGCUGUCGCCGUGGCAGCCGAAGGCCGCGGGCAGGGGAGUCGCAGGGCGCGGGGGGCGCUGCUGCGCCCAUUCCACCGGCGGGUAAACUGAGGCCGCUGGGCGCAGGCGGCGGCCAUGGCCCGGGAGCUGCUGGGUGGCGCGGGGCUGCACUUCGACGAGCUCAACAAGCUGCGGGUGCUGGAGCCGGGCGUGGCGCAGCAGACGGCGGAGCUGCGGGAGGAGUGCAAGGCCUUCGUGGACAAAAUUGCAGAGUUUCAAAAAAUAGUGGGUAGCUUAAUUGAACUUGUUGAUCAACUAGCAAAAGCAGCUGAAAGCGAGAAGAUGAAGGACCCGAAUUUUGUACGUGCGGCAUCAUUCAGAAAGUGUCACCAGGGAGAGCAUCGUCAUUGAAGGGAGUUGGCAGAAGGAAGAGGUUGAUUAGAGAAAAAAGCAUUUACAUACACACUAAUGAUAGCUUCUUUUGUGAACUCCAUUGUUGAUGCAUACGUAGACAGACACAUCACCCAUCUGUACACUUUAUAGGUUAAUUUAGAAAUAGUAUAAUAAACAAGCAAAUGUAUUGUCAUCUUGAUUUGGUGGGGGGGGGGCAAAUCGGAAUUAGCGGUCACCUCUCUGCUUACCUGUCCUUCCCUUGUACCAGUGAUCAAUGAUCCUGUAAUAUUUCUAGACAAGGCUUUGCCACUGCCCUCUCUGCGGCUUGGCCAAAUUACCAGUAAUGGUGGUGUUAGCUUCCCCUGACAGGAAAGUGGUGUUAUUACCUAACUUGGUAGGAUGCCACUAUCAGUUCACUAAUGUCUGUGCAAAGCUAGCAAGCCUCUGAUCCACAGAAAUGCACAUUGUGCAUGACAUUUCACAGCUACAAAGACGAUAGAUUUGUAGGGACUCUGUCUGUACCACAAACUCUCUUAGCAUCUAUCUUGCUUUGCCAUAUACUGUGUGUGGGUCAGUUAUCGUGGCAAACCUUACGUUUGAAGAGGAAAUCCUAUGAAGAUGUUACUCUUCUCAGUGCCCAAGUGUUUUAAAAGGACCUGAAAAUUGUCCAGCUGGAAAUGACAGUAGCAAAACAUUAAUGAUAAAAUUCCUUUGCUAAAAAGCAAUCUUGUUUCUAUAGGCAAUUGGUGCCCGAAAUUUGCUAAAGUCUAUAGCUAAGCAAAGGGAAGCACAGCAACAGCAGCUUCAGGCUUUAAUAACUGAGAAGAAAAUGCAAUUGGAAAG